CGCAUCCCAUUGAUCAAUAUUUGGCUGUCUUGCUGCAACUUGCUGCAGUCUUUUAAAGGAGUAGUAGAGAGAGAGGGAGAGAGAAAGGGAAACUGGCAGGAAGGGGUAAGGAGCUACACAUGUCACAUGUGCUUUCUAAGACGGCCAGGAGCAUCUGCAGGCUGGAUCUGGUGGAGGAUGCUGCGGCAGGUGAUACACAGAGGGCUCCAGUCGUUUUUCUACAAGCUGGGCUUAUUCGUGAGCAGGCAUCCGGUGUUUUUCCUCACUGUGCCCGCAGUCCUGACCAUCAUCUUCGGCUUCAGCUUGCUCAACCGCUUCCAGCCUGACACUGACCUGGAGAGCCUGGUAGCCCCCAGCCACAGCCUGGCCAAGAUCGAGAGGAGCUUAGCCAGCAGCCUUUUCUCCCUCGAUCAAUCCAAAAGCCAGCUGUAUUCGGACUUGCACACCCCGGGGAGGUAUGGCAGGGUGAUUCUCCUCUCCAAACCCGGAGGCAAUAUUUUGCAUCAGGCUGAUGUGAUCCUGCAGAUCCACCGAGCCGUGCUGGAAAUGAAGGUGAACUACAAAGGCUAUAAUUAUACUUUUUCCCAUCUGUGUGUGUUGAGAAAUCAGGAUAAGAAAUGCGUGCUGGAUGAUAUUAUUUCAGUGCUAGAGGAUCUGAGGCAGGCUGCCCUCUCCAAUAAGACAACAGCCAGGGUGCAAGUGAGCUAUCCCAACACUAAAUUAAAGGAUGGAAGGAGCAGUUUCAUUGGCCACCAGCUCGGAGGGGUCAUGGAAGUUCCAAACAGCAAGGACCAGAGAGUCAAAUCAGCCAGAGCCAUCCAAAUCACUUACUACCUCCAAACGUAUGGCUCUGUCACCCAGGACCUCAUUGGGGAGAAGUGGGAGAGCGAAUUCUGUAAACUGAUGCACAAGAUGCAGCUGGAUCACCAGGAUCUGCAGCUCUACUCACUAGCAUCCUUUAGCCUCUGGAAGGACUUCCACCAGACCAGUCUCUUGGCCAGGGGCAAGAUUUUGGUGAGCCUGAUGCUGAUUCUCCUGACUGCUACCCUCUCAAGCUCCAUGAAGGACUGCCUGCGUAGCAAACCUUUCCUGGGACUCCUGGGAGUACUCACUAUCUGUAUUUCCAGUGUCACUGCGGCAGGGAUAUUUUUCAUUACUGAUGGAAAAUAUAAUUCUACUCUGUUGGGAAUCCCUUUCUUCGCUAUGGGUCACGGAACCAAAGGAGUGUUCGAACUUCUUUCAGGAUGGCGUCGGACCAGAGAGAAUCUGCCAUUCAAGGACCGAGUAGCAGAUGCCUACUCAGAUGUCAUGGUCUCCUACACGAUGACAAGCUCCUUGUAUUUCAUAGCCUUUGGCAUGGGGGCAAGCCCUUUCACCAACAUCGAAGCUGUAAAAGUCUUCUGCCAGAACAUGUGUGUCUCCAUCCUGUUGAACUAUUUCUACAUCUUCUCUUUCUUUGGGUCCUGCCUGGUCUUUGCUGGCCAGCUGGAGCAGAACCGGUACCACAGCAUCUUCUGCUGUAAAAUCCCCUCAGCAGAGUACCUGGACAGGAAACCUGUGUGGUUCCAAACCAUGAUGAACGAUGGCCAUCAGCACACUUCCCACCAUGAGACCAACCCGUACCAGCACCACUUUAUCCAGCAUUUCCUCCGAGAGCACUACAAUGAGUGGAUUACCAACAUCUACGUCAAGCCAUUUGUGGUGAUACUGUAUCUCAUCUAUGCCUCUUUCUCCUUUAUGGGGUGCUUACAGAUUAAUGACGGAGCCAACAUAAUCAACCUUCUUGCCAGUGAGUCCCCAAGUGUCUCCUAUGCCCUCAUACAGCAAAAGUAUUUCAGCAACUACAGCCCCGUGAUAGGCUUCUACAUCUAUGAACCUCUGGAGUACUGGAAUGGUACUGUGCAGGAAGACCUAAAAACACUCAGCCAGGGGUUCAACACUGUGUCCUGGAUUGAACAGUAUUACCAAUACCUUCGAGUGGGUAACAUCAGUGCAACCAACAAAAGUGACUUUAUCAGCAUCCUCCAGAGCUCCUUUCUAAAAAAGCCAGAGUUUCAGCACUUCAAAAAUGACAUCAUUUUUUCCAAAGCUGGAGAUGAGAACAACAUAAUUGCUUCUCGUUUGUACCUUGUGGCCAGGACUAGUGAAAACACACAGAGAGAAGCGGUGGAAUUGCUGGAGAAGCUGAGGCCACUUUCUCUUAUACAGAGCAUCAAGUUCAUUGUGUUCAACCCUACUUUUGUGUUCAUGGACCACUAUGGUUUAUCAGUAACUAUGCCUGUCCUGAUUUCUGGUUUUGGCAUCCUGCUGGUGUUAAUACUGACCUUUUUCCUGGUUAUCCACCCUCUGGGAAAUUUCUGGUUAAUUCUCAGCGUCACCUCAAUAGAGCUGGGUGUCCUUGGCUUGAUGACCUUAUGGAACGUAGACAUGGAUUGCAUUUCUAUACUGUGCCUUAUCUACACUUUGAAUUUUGCCAUAGAUCACUGUGCACCCCUGCUUUAUACAUUUGUAUUAGCUACAGAGCACACCCGAACUCAGUGUAUAAAGAACUCCCUCCAAGAGCAUGGGACAGCCAUUUUGCAGAAUGUUUCUUCCUUCCUUAUAGGGUUGGUCCCCCUUCUCUUUGUGCCUUCAAACUUGACCUUCACACUGUUCAAAUGCUUGCUGCUUGCCGGCAGUUGCACACUUCUGCACUGUUUUGUUAUUUUGCCCGUCUUUCUAACCUUUUUCCCACCUUCCAAAAAGCACCACAAGAAAAAGAAACGGGCCAAAAGGAAGGAACGAGAAGAGAUCGAAUGCAUAGAGAUUCAGGAGAAUCCUGAUCAUGUUACAGCGGUCUGAAAGGCUUAUAAAAAUAUAAUAGUAUAUUCUCUUUUUAAAAAAGUGUUGCACAGAGAUGCAGGGAAAAUAGAGCAAAGAUCUCAGCUGCUUGUGCUGGCCAAGUCUGACAAGGCAAAGAAGAUCAAGAAGGGGUAUUCAUGACACCUCCAGGUGCAAACUUUUUUUUAACAAAAAUAAUGAAAGUGAAAUAAUCUCAAAUGUUUCCUUUGAAUCUUCAUUCUCCACCAGGGAAGAGUCUGUUGGCCAUUAAGUGUUCCUGAGUGUCAAACUGUAGCUGUAAUGGGAAUUACUUAAUAUGUCAUAUGUAGGACCAAAGUUAAGGUGAAAAAAAGAGUUACCAUUAAGUAAGCACUAGGGAAAAAGUCAGAUUUGUUUAAAAAAAAAAAUCCAUGGAAGAGAACUAAACAAUAUUUGAAAUUAUAAAAUGUUAUAAGACCAAAAGAGAUUGAAAAUGCCAUGGUAAUUUUUUAUUUUCUUGAGCAAGUUAAUUAAGAUGAAACCUAUGCACUUGGGAAGUAAAUGUUUAAAACUAUCUAAGCCAAAAUACUUCCCAAAUUUAGUAUACCUUGUAUAUCUGUAACACCACAAUUAGAGCAUUAUUACAAAUAUGGAUGGCAAAGGGAUAGAGGUACUAUUUAUACAGAAGAAAUAAUCAUAGCCAUUUGGAAAUUUAACACUUAGUUCCUUUAAAUGUGACGUAUCACUGUUUUCCCAGGAGGUCACAGCUGGUAGUUAAUACCAUACACAUAUUUUGGUAUUUAUGAAUUAUGAAUUUCCCCUUGAAUUAACAGUUCUUUCAAAACUAACCCAGUCCAUUGUCACUGCAGCACUGUUUGCAGUUCCUGCAGUGUAACACUUCUGAUUCCUAAUUUAUCGGUGUUGACAUUAAAUACUGAAUAUUAAUCAAGCAGGUGCUUUAACGUAAUGAUGGAUUACAUUUCACAGGCACAAUGUGACCGUGGAGCAGCUGAGUCAGCUCUGGAGCACCUGCACAGUAUUAUCAUUAUAUAUUUGGUCCAAGAGACCAAGGGAUAUGUUUGCUGGUCCCUGCAAUAUGCUGCAGGAAGUGGGAUUUUCCCCUCCUUUAAGCAAAACAGUAUUGAAAAAACUUGCCACACACGAAAAAAACACCCUGUAAAGGUUUGCAUGGGGCCAGAUCAACCCCUAGUUGUAAGAGGACAGAUUGGUCCCCUGUGGGAAGGGGAGGGGAGGGAGAAAUGUCUUUUUUACUGUUAUUAUUAUUCCUAAAUAUUUGCGUGUUGAUCACCUGCAACAUAAAGCUUUGUUAUGGCAGUCGAAAUUUCACAGGAGAGUGCAGUAAAUCCCCAGUUACUAUGUGGCACUAGAAAUUGUACUGUAAAAGACUAUGAAUUACUUUCUCUGCUUUGUAAACUAUUCAGCUUCGUAGCCCAAGGGAAGGGAUGAAAACACAUCUAGCCAUUUCAGUUUGCUCUCAGCCCAGUUCUGCACUGGAACUUGCCAUGUCAAUCUCUACUUUCAGUAAUUUAAAAGGGCUUGCUUUCUACUUCCUGGGAUAUGGUAUAGCAUCACCUCCAUGAGCAAUGUCUUCCUGAACCUAUAGUAUCCAUGAGGACACUAUGUAAAGAUAUAACUAUAUGAAGUGUCUAUGUCUACUUUGUAUUACUUGUGGGUACCUUUAAAAGAUAAUCUGGAAGCUGUUGGCCUUCCAAAAUGUGUAUAUGUGGCUAUUUGUGGCUGAUAACUCAGUCUCAAACCUGCAGAGUUUGCUGACGUGGGUGUGUACAUAUGUUUUACUAAAAAGCUCUCUGCAAGAUGUUAAUUCUUUGCUAUGUGACAUCUCUCACCUCUUCCUACUGUUUCAUGGUUAGGGAGAGCCAGAAAAAAAUCACCUGCAGUAC